AUGAACACUUGCCAGCAAAGUUGCAAGGUCGAAAACACUGGGACAUUUCACGCGAUAUCUUCGUCUGACAGCAAGUGUCUUGCAAUUCAGUUACCCGAGGAGUCACAAAAGAGCCGAGUGCGUCUUCUUGCACAUCUUCAUGACUGCAUGUGCGACACAGCUGAAGUUCUCAACUCAGCUUUCUCAGUUCAAAAUCUCCUGCUUUCGGGCAAAUACCUCGUCGAUAUAACAGUGAAUUCCUACUGUUGUUUCUUUGUAUUUAAAGUUCCUCACAUGAAUACCUUACUCACACACUACAUGUAUUAUUCUUUGUACAUGACUUUGUGUAGUGUGAUGCAAUUUACUGGGAUACUGGCAGCAAGCACAUUCACAGCUGAAGAGGCAAAUCGUACGUCAGUAGCUGUCCACAAUGCAAUGCAAAAACUGAGGCAACCAUCACAGAAACGAGAGUUGAAGGAAUUCUCACUGCAGCUUCUGCAUCGUAAGCUGCGGUUCACAGCUUGCGAUUUCUUCCCACUCGACUUCACUCUACUCCAUUCGAUGAUUGGCGCUGCUACAACGUAUCUGGUGAUUGUUAUCCAGUUCCAUCUCGCAAACACCAGCGGAUUAUUUUAAAUUUAACAACAGUGACAAUAAAAAUUAAGUUCAGUGCAUGUAUCUGUUGCAAUUCCAACUAAUUUCUCGAAAAAUAAACAAUCCAUUCAGUAACAUUCAUAAAAUAAAGAAGUAUUUA